AUAUCAUGGCAGCUUUUUGCAACACUCAGGCUCAGGCAGCCCUGAAGACAUGUCAUGACCAUGGGGACUUGCUGGACAUGUUUUGUGUGGAUUGUGAGGAGGAGAUUUGUUUGAUAUGUGGACAACAAGAACAUGGUUCUCAUGACUGGAGUAGAACAUUAAAAGUACUGGAUCGUAUCAAACUGGAGCUGAGAGAACAGUGCAAUGUGGUCAGGCAAGACAGAGUCCCUGGACUGCAGGCAGAAAUCCAGAAAAUCAAAGAACUAAGACAGGAAAAUGAAAACCUAGUGGCAGAAAAAACAGAGAAAAUUCUGACACACACUGAAACUGUCAUGAAGAAUUUACAGAGAAUUUGCUCUGGGUUAGUUAUAUACUGUAAAGCAAUCAAAGUGCAGAAUGAAGAAAAACUAGAUGCAAAAGAAAAGGAAAUAGAAAUUUACCUAUCACAGUUUGAAUCCAGUUUGAAAGACAUAGAAGAAGAGAGUAAAACCAUAGAUUUGUCCAAAUUACUACAACUUAAGAAAAAUGUGGAAUCUGUACCCGACCCUUUACAACUCUCUGAACAAGAUUUAACUCUGCAUCAGAUAGAAUUCAAUGAGGGAAAAAAGGAUGAGAAAAUGUAUCAAUCUAUUUUAGGAGAAAUAUUCCUGAAGUAUGACAAAGUCACAGUCACAAAAAUAUUUGAAGCCAAGAAAGGGAACAGAAUGAUAAAGUAUAUUUCUCCCAUAUCUGACACACAAGCUUGGUUCAGGGAAUUCAGGUCCUCAGAGAACGUUCUGCUCAACAUUGCCAAUGGAAAUGCAGAGAGCGGGUGUAUGUUUGGGGAGACCCAAUCUGAUCACAUACCUGAUGAUUUUAUCACUUUAAGCAACGGAGUUCACAUAUACACCUGGCAUGCAGGGCAUUCUGUGAUGAAAAUUUCUCCCCCAAAGGCUAACAUCAGUGAAAUGUCCACCAACAAAGUGGUCAAGCUAGCAGACUUAUCCCCCUUGUUUCCUGUUGGAAUUUGUGCGACAGCAGAAGACCGAUUCCUUGUUUCUGCCAUAGAUACCACAGCUUUUAGUGAAGAUCUCUUCACCAAGAGACAACCAAAGAAAAGUGUUGUCAUGCUUUUAUCAAAUAGUGGAAAGACCAAAAAGGUUUACCAAUAUGAUGAAGAUGGAAAGACAAGUUUAUUUUUAUACCCUUACAGGAUAUCAGUAAAUACCAAUGGUGAUAUUUGUGUGAUUGAUCGUACAGCAAUUGACAGUGGACAGUUGUGUGUACUUUCACAGGGCAAACUCAGAUAUCGCUACAAAGGAAAUGGUCCAAACCAAUCAGAAUUUGAUCCAAGGGGAAUUUCUUGUGAUUCUGCUAGUAACAUUUUGUUAAGUGACUGUGGCAAUAAGUGUGUACAUCUGCUUAAGGAGAAUGGGAAUUUUCUGACUUAUCUAAUCAGAAGUGAAGAAGGACUAUGGUCAAUGUCAAUGUUUCUGAACAUAUUAUGGAUUGGAGGGAAAAAUGGUUUUAUUCAUGCCUACAGAUAUCAAAUUAGUGACUCAUAACUCUCUAGCAAAUGUUAAGAAUACCAAAAUAAAACAUAUCAUAUGUAAUUAUCCAUUUUUAUUUUCUUUAG